CACACACACAGUGAGAGGAACUCUUUAUUCUAAAGCCGAGCAGGCUGCAGCGCAGACGUAAGCUGGACUCCUCACCAGAGAGGACUCAAACAGGUGCUGAGCUGUCCGACUGAAGCCUUUCGCAGCGAUGGACUGGGAGAAGGCAGUGAAUCACUCCUGGAUGAACUCCUCUGCUCCAGCCUCCGACUCCUUCUCCUCUUUCUCUUCAUCCUGCUGUAACUCUUCUCCUCAUCUUUUCUCACCCUCGCUGUUUUCGGCUCCCUCCUUCUCCGGCUUUGACCUGCUGUUUAGUAUGAAGCUGCUCUUCAUCCCCCUCUACUCCGCAGUGGUCAUAGUCGCGUGCACCGGGAACCUCCUCCUCCUCUUUCUCAUCUGGCACAACAAAAAGAGACACAACACUACAAACUUCUUCAUUGGUAACUUGGCACUUGUUGACCUGGUGAUGUGCAUCUUCUGUGUCCCCCUGACGGCGUCCUACGCAUUCGACAGCCAGGGAUGGGUGUUUGGGGCCCACAUGUGUUAUUUUGUCACGAUCAUGCAGUCCACAGCUGUGUAUGCAGCGGUUUUAUCCCUCAUGGCCAUUGCAGUGGAUCGUUAUAUAGUUGUUGCUUAUCCCAUUCACAAAAGAGUGGGAUGCCAGUUCUGCUGGGGUGUGGUGGUCCUGAUCUGGCUGUCCUCCCUGGGAUUGUCCACUCCUACAGCACUACACACCAUCUAUCUGGAUCUGGAUGCAACCGGUCUACAGAUGGCGGUGUGUGAGGAGUUCUGGGAUGGUCAGGAGCGAAGCCGUCUCAUUUAUUCCUGCUUCAUCCUCUUCUUCUCCUACUUUGUCCCGUUGGCUGCAGUCUCCGUUUCCUACUGUGCCAUCUCCUACAACCUAAAGCAGAGGACCUCUUCAGCUCUGACCGCAUGUCCAGAGCUGAGAUGCGCACGGGCCGCCUGGAGCAGACGGAGGAGGAAGACUUUCUGCCUGCUGCUGGCGUCUGUUCUGUGUUUUGCCUUCUCUUGGCUCCCCUUACAGGUGGUGAACCUGAUCCGGGACCUGGACACUGACUUCUCCAUUCUGGGAAAGAAUUAUGUAAAUGUCAUCCAGGUGUCUGCACACCUGCUGGCUAUGAGUUCCGCCUGUUACAACCCCUUCAUUUACGCCUCGUUGCACAACAAAUUCCUGUCCUACCUGUGUCUCCACCCACUGUCUCGUAGGAGAAAAGGAAAGGACCGAGGUCAGGGGUCAAGCACCAUGACAGCUUCUCGCAGAAUGCUCCGCCUCCACACGUCCACUAUCAUAGUGGAUUUACCAGGUGUGGUUUUGAGUGACAUUGUCCCACAAGAAAGCUGCACCUGAGUUGCUUUCCACGCUGAAGAAAAUGUGUUACGUAUUUAAAAAAAUGCUGAAAUCCUCAAAUUUGGGCUGCAACAGGUCGCAGUUUCAAACAGCAGAAACCCACAACAAAUAGAUUUGUGUUUGUUUUCAUUAAAUAUUCAUCAUAAAUGUAUGUUUGGUGUUUUCUUUACCCCAGAGAAGCUUGUCAUACUCAGCCUGUGACUGUUUUAAAAUAUAAAUUUUCAUGUUUUCCCUGUUAGAGCUUUUUAACAUCAUGUUUUUGCUCAUUUCUUUUCUAUUUUGCUACAACUCACAUAUUAAUUUAUGCAGAUGACUUGUGUAAAUAAA